GUGCCUGAGAAUGGAAGGCGCUCUAGACCCUUAACAAAGAGCACCACAGCAGUCAAAUCAAGAAAGGUAACUUCCACGUGGUUUGGUUAUUUGAAUGCUGGUUUUAACUGCGUCAAUCAGCACAUUUAAAAACCACAGACAUGUUUUAAAAAGCCAGCAGACGCUGCCAGAGGAAAAGAUUAACACGCUAUUGGACUGCGAGAGCAGGGACCGAGAGACAUCAGAUCUUCGCAGACUAAUGCUCGGAAGACCCCAGAGACCACUAAGACAGGUUCUUGGUAUCUCCUAGCAGCAAAACCAACUUGCACAAGAAGUUUACAAUGUCAAGCAAUGUUUCACAAUGCCAUGUCAGAAAAGAAAUGGAACCUUUUACUUAUUUUUACUACUUGAUUUUUCUUGUGGGAUUUAUUGGAAGUUGUUUCGCACUAUGGGCAUUCACACAAAAAGAUCAGAAACAGAAGUGUAUGAGCAUCUACUUAAUUAACCUCUUAACAGCGGAUUUUUUGUUGACUCUGGCGUUGCCAGUAAAGAUUAUUGUUGACCUAGGAGUUGCAUCCUGGAAACUGAGAAUAUUCCACUGUCAAGUCACAGCCUGUUUCAUCUACCUGAACAUGUAUUUAUCAAUCAUAUUUUUGGGAUUUGUAAGCAUGGAUCGUUGCCUUCAGCUAAUGCACAGUUAUAAGACCUACCGCAUUCAAGAGCCUGGAUUUGCCAAGAUGUUGUCUGCAGUCGUAUGGACAAUGGUUCUCCUUAUAACAGUGCCUAACAUGGCUAUUCCAAUAAAAACCAUUGAAGAAAGACCUGGUGCAGGGUGCAUUGAUUUCAAAACAAAAUUUGGAAGAGACUGGCAUGUGUUUACUAAUUUCAUAUGCACAGCAAUAUUCCUGAAUUUUUCAGCUGUGAUACUGAUUUCCAAUUUCCUUGUUGUUAGACAACUCUACCGAAACAAAUACAGCGAGAGUUACCCAAACGUGAAGAAAGCCCUCAUCAACAUACUGCUCGUAACUGCAGGCUACCUGCUGUGUUUUGUUCCGUACCACAUUGUUCGCAUCCCCUACACUUUGAGCCAAAGCGACACCAUAACCAGCUGCUCUCUGAAACAAGCUCUCUUUAAAGCUAAAGAAUCUACCUUGCUGUUUGCAGUAUCAAACCUCUGUUUUGACCCUAUUCUGUAUUACCAUCUUUCCAAAUCAUUCAGACUGAAAUUUACUGAGACUUUUGCAGCACCGAAAGAGGCAAAGGCUUUCGCAGACAAAGAGGUACGACACAGCAGUGAACAGCAGAUGCAGAAGUACUGAUUCUGAAAUACAUCAGAAGAGUGUGCAAAUGUGCAGUAUAAACAGCCGUUGUGCAAUUGCAAGCAUGGCUACCAUGGUCAACAACAUUCCUGCUGAAUCAUAAGCCCAAGCAGAAGGAAGAAACUUGAACAAUACCAAUCACUUUGUUAUACGUUCACGUAGUAGGUCUGAAUUAGCAGAAUGUUUGAUAAUGCCUUUCAGAAAUAGUUCAAUGUACCAGUGAUGACCUACCUGGGAUCAGCAGCACUUAAGAAUACAACAUGUUCAGAUUCAAACAUACCUUGCAAUUAUUUAUGGUAAACACCUGAACUCACCUUUUCUAAGUUAAAUAUUGUAUACUUACUAUAAUAAAUUACUUGGUGCAAUCAAGUGAAGAGAUUAUUUAACAGCAGUUCUUCAGCUGCAAAGAUUUCACGUACACAAUUAACCCAAAAGCAUUUUAGAGGGCAUUAUUUACUCCAGAAAGUGAUUUUAAGCUGCACUGAUUAAAAAAUAUUGUAUCUGUUUACAUCACACCUGCAGUUUUAUAAAUAAAUCUCUCAUUCUUGCCAAGCUCUAUUGCCUUUCCUUGCUGCUGCUUCAAUGAAUAUGAAAAAAAGCUAACAACAUGUUAUUAUAGAAAAUUCAAGGAAAUUUUAAAAUUAAGAUAAAGUGUAAA